AUGCCAAUCGAGAAGUCGCCUGCUAGAAAUGGAGACCUUCCAAUUCUGCUGGAAGGUGAAGAGAUCCGAUUGUCAGAACCAAAAACCAGGCUGUACACAAGGCAACAUCUCGAAGGUGAAGGUGUCCUGCACUUGACGACGAAGCGUUUGGUUUGGCUUGGUGGUCCUGGCUGUGCCAUUGACUAUCCCUUCAUCACCAUGCACGCAGUUUCCAGGGACAAGAAUGCGUGGCCUGAUCCAUGCCUUUACUGCCAACUACGCGAAGAAGAUGAUGAAAAUGAAGAGGCAGAGGAGGAAAUUUCAGUUCCUGAACUGAGAUUUGUCCCGGCAGAGCCAGCACAUUUGCAAGAGAUGUUCCAAGUUUUCUCCGAGAUGUCAGCACUGAACCCUGAUCCCUUCGAUGAGCAAGCAGAUGACAGUGAAUCUGAAGGGGACUUUGAGGAUGUUCUCGGAGGAGGUUAUCAACCUCAAGUUGAGCUUGGCGUCAUGUGGAAUGCAGAUAUGAAUGAUGCUGCCAUGGAAGAUGCGGAUGAGGAUGAGGCUGCAGAAGCUGCAGAGGUCAGCUGGUGCCAUCCCUCAGAGAUCGAGGAUGAUAAGCCACCUGAGCUGCAUCCUCGCGACAUGGACCUUCGCUGUAGCGGCUCCGUGGACCACAGAGUUCAGAGCAAUGUUCGGCUCUUCUCCGUGUUGUUUUCUGGCUCGAAUGCGCUGUGGAACAUCAAUUUCGAGUCGGAGCACAACCCUAGCAAGUACAGAGGAAAGUGGGAAAACCAUAAGUACUUCCCAUCACCGAAGGACUGGCGCGCUCUGUCCAUCUAUCAAUUGAUUACAGAUCGAUUUGCUGAUGGGGACCCACGCAACAACGAACUCUUUGCUGGGGGCUUUGACGUUCGCGACAUGACUUAUAGGCAUGGCGGUGACUUUGUGGGUUUGACCAGCAAGCUGCCCUACAUCAAGGGAUUGGGCUGCGAGGCUGUUUGGAUCUCACCUAUUUUCCAGAAUGGGAACAAUUCCUACCAUCAGUACGCUAUGCUUGACUUUACAUUGUUGGAUAAAAGACUGGGAACUCUACAGGAGCUUCGUGAUUUGGUCAAUGCUGCGCACAACCUUGGAAUGUAUGUCAUAGUCGAUGUGGUCAUGAACCACAUGGGCAAUGAAUUCUACUUCGAGGGAUAUCAGAGCAGCCACGCUCCAUGGAGAUUUCAUGAAGACAAUGGCCUCCGUGAGUAUCAGCUGAAAUUCCGCAAGGAUGAAAACUUGCUCUUGGACACUCCUGUGGGAAAGCAAGCCUACUAUGACUUUUGGGUUAGCAACACUUGGGUCCCAGAUGCGAAAUACAAUGGCACUCUCUAUGGUCAAUCUGGAGAGUGGGUUACCGACACAGGCUCAGGCACCUAUGACCUGUCGGACUUCCACCACAACGGAGAUUUGAGUGACUAUUUUGAUCCUUGGGAAAUCAACUUCGGUAAGAUCUAUGGUGUCAUGGAUGACCUCAGACUGGAGCAUCAACGUGUGCAGCAGAAGUAUGUGGCCAUGACCAAAGCUCUCAUUGAGAGUUGCGACAUUGAUGCCUUCCGAGUGGACACGCCGAUGCAAGUUCCAUUGAAUUUCUACAAGACAUGGGCGCCUGAAAUGCGCGCACAUGCAAAGUCUCUAGGGAAAGAUCGCUUUGGAAUUUGGGGCGAAUUUUAUGUCACACCAGCACGUUAUGCAACCAUGACCGGCAGAGGAAGAGACAGCACUAUGUAUGGGCAAGACGUUUUUAUCGACGAUAUCUUUACUAUGAAAGGUGGCAUUGUCUACCCGUAUUAUUGGUAUGUUUUCACUGCAGUUGUUUACAAGGACCCGUCAUAUGCAGAUGGGUUGGUAAAGGCCUAUGUCGAAGAGAACAAGAUGAUUGACACCUUAGAUCCCACCACGGGAAGGCGGGAGUAUGCCAUGUGGACCUUUUGCAACAACCAUGACAACUGGCGAUUGCAAAGUAUGACGAGUUCACAAACUUUGCGGAUGUGCCUUGCUGUCAUCACCUUUUGGCCUGGUAUACCGUUGCACUAUGCAGGGGACGAGCAAGACUUUGACACCCCUGGAAGUGCGUUGGAUGGAUGGGCUCGCGAGGCUGCCCUAUUUAUUGCACCCAACCUGCUCUUGGGCUUUUGGGGUUCACCUUCCUUACCGGUUGGAUUUUGGGCUUCUUGUGCUUUGGACUUGGCUUGUGGUGGCUGUCUGGCCUUGGUCUGGUGCCUUUUGGACUUCACCCACCUUGUCCACCUGUCUCUCGGCCUGGUCCUACUGCUUCGCGUGCCCGUGUUCUGUCUGCCUACUUGCAUGAGCCGGGGGGCUUCCAGCGAGCCAGGGACCGUUGAGUCACUGCCUGGUGGGGUCCGUGUUGCAAUCUUUGCACCGUCUUCCUCUGCCUCUUUGGCCACUCAGGUCUUCAACCACGUCGCUGCUUUCCAACCCGAGGGACCUGAACCUUCUGAGUUUGAGCUCAUCUCUGCUGGGCCUUCUUCUCCUGUUGGUUUGGCUUCCCGUUUGCGUGCCCCUGAAACUCGAGACCAGAUCCGUCGUUCCUUUGCCCCCUGCCCUUCUCGUCUCCUUGGACUUGGAGCAAGGCUCUGCGGUUCUUCCCUGUCUGGUCGUGCCCGAGUUGAGCGUGCCUGGUUGUGUGGCCAGUGGGCAGCUGCUGUCAAAGCCCAGCGAAUCCAUAGUCCUGACCGGACUCCUGCCAUCGACCUCAAGAGUCGCUUCUACGCGGUGUUGGGGGCCCCUGGACUUUCUCAGCCCACCAUCUUCCGCUCCUCUCGGGGUUACUGGGACUGCAUCGGCCAUCUUGAAGAUUCGCCGUCCAUCUCUCAGGCCUUCCCCAGUGAGGCUGAAGCGAAGAUCUACUUGGAAUCGGCAGGCGCCAUCGAGUUUGAUUUUGCCCCCUGA